UUUUACAACUGGAGAGCUAAGAGAUGCAAUUGAGUGAUCAUGAGUGAUGAUUCAUCUGUUGUGCUGUGUGAGAGAGGACGCCAUCGUAAAGUGAAAUGGAAGAAAGUACCUUUGGGUGCCUGGAUAUUGAGCUAUCUCGGGAUAUUUAAUAUCUUACCAGCAAAAAGUUACAGGCUCUACAUUCUAAUACUGACAUUCAUAUGCUAUGCAUCAUAUCACAUGUCAAGAAAACCUUUUAGUGUUGUUGCAAGUGUCCUCGCUCCUAAUUGUAAUACUGUACUAGAUCAAGAGAACAGCAAUAGCAGUAGUAAAGUGUUAUAUGACCUUUACAGUAACCCUGAUGAUCCCGAGUGUCACUUUGCUGAAGGCUGGCCACCAUUCAAUGGUAGUUACUGCAAGACUAUCAUUGGUGCCAUAGACUAUGCUUGGCUUUUCACUUAUGCUACUUUUAUGAUUGGAAGUGGUUUUAUUGCUGAUCGAGUCAACUUAAGAUAUUUCCUAACAAUUGGGAUGACAGGUAGUGGUCUUUUUGUUGGAUUAUUGGGUAUAGCUUACUUUGCUGAUAUCCAUAAUUUGACAUAUUAUGUCAUUACACAGAUUUUUGUUGGCAUUUUUGAGUCGACAGGUUGGCCAGCUACAGUAGCAGUAAUGGGUAAUUGGUUUGGUAAGAAGAACCGUGGUUUAUUAAUGGGUAUAUGGAACUCCCAUGCAUCAGUUGGUAAUAUACUGGGAACUGCAGUUCCUUCAAUAUGGGGAAAGAAAUGUGACCCAUGGGGAUGGGCCUUCCUCGUUCCAGCAUUUGUGAUGAUUGGUGCAGGAUUGCUAAUGUUCUUCUUCCUAGUUCUUGAUCCUCGUGAUGUUGGCUUACCACCUCCACAGCACCAUGAUGAGCCUAUGGAACAUCAUUAUCAAUCAAAUGGGAGACAAUACAGUCAAGAGACCAGUUUAUCCCUGGGAGAUAGAACCGUGCUAUCUUCUUUAUCUGGAGAAAAAAUAGACAAUGAAAAAACGUCACUCAUAAGCUCUGCUAGUACUAGAAUACUCAAUGAAUCAAAGGCAAAGGCCGUCAGUCUAUGGACAGCACUGACAGUACCAGGUGUGAUAGAGUUCUCUGUCUCUCUUUUCUUUGCAAAACUUGUCGCUUACACUUUCUUAUUUUGGUUGCCAUACUAUGUUGCUUUUAAUCCUAUUGGUGGGCGGUAUAUUGGUGAACAGAAAGCCGAUCUGUUAGCUACUCUUUAUGAUGUAGGAGGAAUAAUUGGAGGUAUAACUACUGGUGCUCUUUCUGAUGUCAUCAAUGCAAGAGCUAUAUCAUGUGUCAUAAUGAUGUACCUUGCUGUACCAACUUUGUUUAUGUAUCGUUUUGUUGGCAAUGAAUCAGUUGGAUCUUCUAUUGUUUUGAUCAUAUUUUGUGGUCUAUUCAUCAAUGGCCCAUACGCUUUGAUCACAACUGCUGUAUCAAAUGAUCUUGGCACACACGAAUCACUGAGAGAGAACCAGAAAGCUAAAGCAACAGUUGGUGCCAUCAUUGAUGGUAUGGGAUCACUAGGAGCUGCUUUUGGACCACUAGUAACUGGAUUUGUAUCUGAUUACUUUGGCUGGAACAGUGCAUUUUAUGUACUGAUGUUCUCUUGUUUCAUUUCAUCAUUGAUGCUAACAAGACUGGUGAUAAGGGAGAUGCAGCAUUUUUGCAGAAAGUUAAAUCCAAGCGGGAAAGAUUAAAGUGACAGACAUGUCUACAGUGAUGCCAACAAUGAUCCGAGAGCAUUCUUAAAUCAUGCUCAACACGAGAUUUAUUGUCAUUUUCAUUUUUUUAUUUUUAUUCA